GCCCAGUCGCGGAAGAGCAGCUGUUUUCGGCGUCCGUUUGUGUGCGAGAGAAACAUGGCGGAUCGGCUCACGCAGCUGCAGGACGCGGUGAAUUCGCUUGCAGAUCAGUUUUGUAAUGCCAUUGGGGUAUUGCAGCAGUGUGGUCCUCCUGCGUCUUUUAGUAAUAUUCAGACAGCAAUUAACAAAGACCAGCCAGCUAAUCCUACAGAAGAGUAUGCCCAGCUUUUUGCAGCGCUGAUUGCACGAACAGCAAAAGACAUUGAUGUUUUGAUAGAUUCCCUACCCAGUGAAGAGUCUACAGCUGCUUUACAGGCUGCUAGCUUAUAUAAGCUAGAAGAAGAAAACCAUGAAGCUGCUACAUGUCUGGAAGAUGUUGUUUAUCGAGGAGACAUGCUUCUGGAAAAGAUACAAAGUGCGCUUGCUGAUAUUGCACAGUCACAGCUGAAGACAAGAAGUGGUACCCAUAGCCAGUCUCUUCCAGACUCGUAGCACCAGUGGAUACCAUGUGGCUGAGAAAAGAACUAUUUCAGUGCCAUUAAGAAUUCUGCAUCAGACUUAGAUAACAAGCCUUACCAACAGUUAAAGAAACAUUCAACACUAUGACACAUGUUCCCUUUUCAGCUAUUUUAAAUAGUCUUCUAUUUUCACUCUUGAUAAAUAAGCUUAUAAAAUCAUGAUUGAACCAGCUUUAAACCAUCAUACCAUCAUUUUUUAACUGAAAUUAUUAAGGCAGAUAAUGCAUUAUUAAACAUAAGUAAACAUAUAUAAAAUUCUAUUGUGACAUGAUUUAUGUCUUUAUUUUGUCGUAUUGGCCAGUAUCUUUUACAAAUCAAAGCAUCUCUCAAGCCAGAGAAGAAGGUAGUAAGAACAGACAUAAGGAACAUUUUAGUUUAAGCUAGCGUCCAGCCUCUUAGAGGUGGCAUUGUGUAAAUUUGAACUUUGAGCAAGAAAGUUUUGGAAAUUGUAUUGCUUUUAAAUAGAGUUAGCGUGGCUGGAUAAGUAAGUCACAUUUAUGCAAAUGUUUCUUCUUUCAGAACUUCAUACCUGUUCUAGUUCAUCUAUGCAUUUAUUUUACCAAGAAAUCCUCUGUCAAGAGAAUUUUCAUGUUAUUGUGAAAUAAUUCACCUUGUAUUUUUCAUCCUUCUUAAUUUGCUUGUCAUCACAGUGAAGUAUGUUUUUUGAAUCAUCAAUUCUUUCUCAUUCUCUUUAUUUAUCUAAAGUUUCUUUCUUUUGCCCUUUAUUAACCUCUCAACUUUUAUUGCUGUGUUCUAGUCAGACCAGAUCAUACUUUCAAUACAUCAGUUACUGAGCUCCAUUUAACCUCAAUUUAUUAUUGCUAACAUUUGUUUCAGGAUUUUCAACUAUGGUUACUCAUCCAACCCUUGGAUCUCUUUUAGUCUAGUGAUUUUCUCCACUGGAAAGGUGGAAUUGAAAUGUGUUCCACAUUUUAACUGGCCAUCUCCUUGGGCUGUAUUUUUCAGAAUAUCCUGAGCUACAUUUGCUGCAAUCUUGCUAUUCAGAGUUUAAGUUUCAGGAGAAAACAAAAAUAGUACACCGCCUGUUAUUUUUGUCAUAAUCAAGCUUUUCCACAGUUCUUGAAAAGUACUGUGUUUCAAACUGCAGGAACACCAGCGUUAGCUAUAAAAUUUGUAGCAAUUUAUUGGCUAGUCAUAGAAAUUUUUUGAACUUUUAACUGUAUUUUCGUUGAUGUUUAUUAAAAACAUUUUGCUAUCA